AAACUGAUGCCAGUAGCUCUGCCAUUGUCUCGUUUUGCCUUUCUCCUCACCCUCUUUUUUGCUCCAACACUGAGUAAACAACAAUUUAGUGCCCCUUUACUUAUAUUGGUAUUCAUAUUGUUAGGUAACUUCUACCAAGUAGAUCUGCAGUAUAGAGCUACUUCCGGUGUUACUGAUCUGCAGUCAGUACUCGGCAGCAGUUUUAACUUGAUUUACUAUUUGAUUAUUUGUCUGCGUAUACUCCUCUUAUCAGGAGAUAUCGAACGUAAUCCUGGUCCUAUGAUUGAUGCUCAGCCUGAAAUAUCGUUAUUAAUAAAAUGGCUUGAAUCCCUUGUUGAUUGGAAGCCAUUUGGUUUAUGUUUGGUUGGAAUGACGGAGCAUGAAAUCUUAAAAAUUGAACAAGAACAUGUUAAAAUUGAAGACAGAAAGUUAGCGCUAUAUUUAAAAUGGUUUUCAGUCAAUCCUAUGGCCACAUGGAGAGAUGUCAUUUAUGCACUGACUGGUAUAAAUCAGAACAAAUUAGCUCAAGAUAUUAAGAAUAAUCUAGAGAGUGAUGCUGCUUCUAUAAAGUCAUCAUCGUUACCAAGCACACUAACAAAAUCAGAUGGAGAUAUAGAAAUUAUUUUUUUUCCAAAAGAAGAUCAAACAGUUCAAGACACUUUAGAUGAAUUGCAAGUGAACUUUUCCCAUAUCAUGAGAGAAGUAAAAUCAGCUUUUCGUACAAAAGUUAACAAAAAUUUACAAAUAUGCAUUGAGAUGUCCAAUUGGAUAGAGAGCUAUCUUCACUGGGAGCAUGGUACAUUAGAUAGUGAUUUAGAUCAUUAUUUUCAAAAAGAUCUAUCAUAAUUAUGAUUUUAUUGAUUCCUGUCUGGUAGUUGCUAUGUGUAAUGAGUUUAUAAGUGAUGAAAAAGAUCUACUCGAUAAACUGAAUACUCAUUCAUUAAAAGCUAAUGCAUUUCGUUCAUCAGUGCCCAUUAUAGAACUUAAACAAAAGCUACGUAAAGUUUAUGGGCCUUACAGAAGAUGUUUGGAGAAUAUGCCAUUAAUAUGUAUUGAACUUCAAAAUCCUUGGAAUGAUGUUAAAAUUAAUGGAUUAUAUAUUCUCGUAAAAAGAUUACUUCCAAAAGAACUCAGACAGUCAAUAAUGAAAUACAUCACUAUUGAGGAAGGAUCUGUUGUGAUCAAGUUAGACAUUCUUAAUCUUUCAGCUGAUAGUUUAAUAGAAUAUACAGAAGGAAAGCUUCAGUUUAUGUAUCUCAUUGGUAUAUUUAGUUUAUACAUUAAUGAUUAUUCUGUCCUUCAAAAAGAUGAAAACAUGAACUUCACUUUUGAAUUAGCUCUUCUUGAGGCAGUCACAGCUGGCAAUAAUGAAGCAGUAGAGUUUCUUCUUCAACUAAAAAUUAUUGGGGCGAGCAUGGGCGAGCCCCACUAAGACGAGCAGCGUUUGUUUGUUUGUUUGUUUGUCUGUCUGUCUGUCUGUCUGUCUGUCUGUACACGUACGUAUUCCGUAUCUCCUCUAUAUAUCCGUGAUAGCACAUGCUUUAGCAAUGCAAUAGAUUCUAAAUUUCAAUAUUUCCAUCGAAAGUGGGAGUGGCCGAAGCAAAAUAAAAUGGCGAUCAACACACGGGAAGAAGUCAUGAGCUUUCUAGCAAC